AUGGCCUCAGGUACUAAGGAACGUAUCAAGGAGAUAUUGGAGUUGCUAAAGGACCCCAAUGUAUCAACAGUUGUUCUUGAUGGGAAGCAUGGAGUAGGGAAAACGUGGGCAGCAAGAGAGAUAAUCAAGGAUAAUGAUUUAAUCCAUGACUCUUUGUGGCUGUAUGUGAAUAACAAUUAUGACACAGAAUCUCUUUACAAAAACAUUGCUCGCCAGCUAUCUCUAUUAUCUAUUCAUGAGGAAUGGGAAGAUGAUGAUGAUGCUAUUGAGGAAGAGCAGAGUUUGGAAAUGUUGAAGCCGAGAAUAUCUGUGAAACUUGACGCAUUCAGAUCUGCAGCAUAUGAAGAAAAUAAGCUAUUUCUUCUAGUUCUGGACGAUGUUCCUCAUAAGCAGGAUGUACUAGAGGAGAUUUUGCAAGAAAUAAACGACCUGCUGAAUCCAAAUCACCAAAAAUCUUUCAAGGUUUUAAUCACCAGAGGUGAAAGUGAUGGCGAAGACAAUGCACGGGUGAUGAACCAGGAAAUUGAGAUCAGAGAUACAACAGUACUGCAGAUGGAUCCUUUGUCUACAGAUAAGUCCUUGGCUUUAUUGUGUGAAGAAAGCAAGCAUGCAGUUUCUGAUCCAAGCUUUGAAAAACUGUCCACAGCUGUUGUGAAGAUGAGUAAUGGUAUUCCUACCGUACUUAUCACGAUAGCAAAAGCAUUAAAUUACUUGGCAGAGAAAGGUUCUGGUGUUUGGUCAAUGGAAAAUGUUUUGGAAGAAGCAGCUUAUGAAGGGGAAACUGCUAGGACUGCUAUAAAUCUGCUACUUCACUCUUGGUGUAAUGCGUUGCCAUCCGGUGCUCACACUGACUGCUUUUGGCAUACCUUUCAGCUUCUCAACAAACAUGGUGGUGUUCAUUACAAUGAGUUGAUCACACAAUGGAUAAUGGAAGGAUAUUUUGGAAGCAACAGUCAGAUUGGGAAGGCGUAUGAGCAAGGACAUAAGGUUUUGAUGGACCUUAUAGAUUGGGGCAUGUUGAGAAAACAAGAGGAUAAUAUGGUUGUCAUGGGAGGAAUACUUUUGUGUACAACUGAUCAUUGCCAAAGUGAUUUCAAUGCGACUGCAAGGCUUGGAUUGGCUAAUGUGUUUGAAGAUGAAAAGUGGAAAGAUCUUGGAGUUCUUGCACAUACGGAUCGCAUGAUAAAAUCACCAUCCAGUCAUAAGACCUGGGAGAAAGUUUCCACACUUCUAAUGGAUGGGCAUUGCAUCGAUAGGGAAGUCCCUGUCACAUGCUUUCAACGCAUGGAGACUCUCAAAGUUCUCAUGUUACUCAAGCCUAGGUUCAAAUCUCUGCCAGUACCCUUGGUUGGCAUAAAGAACAUUUCCGUUCUUGUGCUCAGAUACUGUGAUCGCUUGGAGAAGAUUGAUCCUAUUCAAGAAUUUCAAAGCUUAAGUGUUCUUGAGGUAUCUGGUGCUACUUUAUUGGAGAUGAUCCCUGAUAACUUUUUUGCCAAUAUGGAUAACCUUCGAAGCCUUAACCUUUCUGAAGCCAAGGUCAAAUCACUACCUAGUUCUCUUUUUGACAGAGGUGAACUACGGUGGCUCAUCCUUAGAGGAUGUUCUCAAUUGGAAACACUGGCAAGCUUAAAAUCCUUGGGAAAGCUCAUGGUGCUUGAUCUUUCUGGUGCUACCUCUUUCACAAGUUUCCAAGACAAAACCUUAGCACCUCUCCAGAAACUUCAUACAAUUAAUCUUUCCAAUUCCCAAAUUAGUCGCUUGCCUUUUCUGCAUGAUAAUGUUGCACUUAAUCAUCUCUUAUUAGGUGGUUGUGCAAGUUUAGCUCACCUUCCAACCUUGAACACAAUACCUCAGCUUCAAACUCUUGACCUUGCUGGUGCUACAGGCUUAAAAGAAAUACAGGUUGAACCCUUAGAUAGCCUUGAGACCCUUGAUUUAUCUAGAACUCAUAUCAGUAGGCUACCUUCCAGUUUCAGCCACCUUUCUGAUCUCUCCUUACGAGAGUGUCAUAAGCUUUCAAAAUUACCACUCACAAAAGAAAACAAGGAUCUUGAAUCACUGGACCUUUCUGGUUCUAGCUCUGUGAAAAAAAUUGAAGACACAUCCUUCCAGCAUAUGAGGCUUCUUCGAGUUCUCAACUUUUCAAAGGUUAAAGUAAAAGAACUACCUUCCCUGUCCAACCUAGCAAACCUCUGUCAACUUUUGCUAAUGGAUUGUUCAUGUUUGGAAAAGCUUCCAGAGAUGGAAGGACUUAAAAGGCUUCGAGAGCUUAAUCUUUCCGGUUGCGUGGCUUUGGUUGAUUUGCCAGACCUGAAGCCUCUUGAAAAACUGGAGAUUCUUGAUAUUUCAGGUUGCAGGGCUGUGAAACAAUUACAUGAGGAAUCCUUUCAAAAGAUGUUUCAUAUUCGAAUACUCAACCUCUCAGACACAAUGCUUGAGUUCCUUCCUUCCAUUUGCAAAGCCAGUAACCUCUGUCAUCUCAUCCUCAAAAAUUGCAAAAACCUGAAAAAGCUUCCACCUCUGAAAGACUUUCCAAAACUUGUUGAACUCAAUCUGUGUGGUGCCAGUUCUUUAGCCGACAUUAAUUUUGAAUUCUUGGAGCAUAUGAAACACCUUCAAAUCGUCGACUUAUCUGGAAUCCCACUGUCAGUGCUACCAUCCAUGUCCAAACUCACCAACCUCAGACAGCUCUCAGUAAAGGGUUGUUCAUCCUUAGAAAGAGUGCAAGAUCUAGAAGCACUAACACUACUUGAGAUUCUUGAUCUUUCUGGAACACUAGUUCGGACUCUGCCACCCCUAAACACUUUCAGCAACCUUUGCCAGCUCUUUUUAAAAGAUUGUUCACAUAUAGAAGAGUUGCAGUCUCUGAAGUCACUUAGUCGCCUGGAGGUUCUUGAUCUGUCAGGGACUGGAAUGAAGACAUUUCCUUAUGAGAUAUCAGAGCUUCCUCAUUUAAAGCAGCUAUAUCUGCCAGACUUGAGGGGUAUGCGUGAUAUUGUCUUGGGAAAGAUAAAUCAUUUGCCACAAGUGGUCAACUGGAAUGAAUGUGGCAUCUUUGAGUCUGCUGAUAUUUACGUGGGCAGUGACAAACCUUCCAUAUCAGUUGGUGGCAAUGAAAUUUUUCACAUUCUGGACAAACAUCCUGAGUUUUGGGAAGAAAAGUUCAAAACAUUUCAUUUCCACGUAAAGAAGAAGCAAGGCGAAGAUGGAGGUAUAAAUCACUGCAAAGAUGAAUAUAUCUUUAGAGACGUGUACUUCCAUACUAAACAUUUUCAUCCAAAAGAGCAUGACAGGUCUUUGGAAAUCUAUGGAUCGUACAGUCUCCCUAAGGGUUUUGAAAGGGUCCUCAAGUGUACCGAAUGCAUAUCUUUGGUUGACAAUGACCUCAUAGCUACACUAUCUGAUUUAGGUUCGGAUAAUGUGAAGGUAAUGAAAGGCUGUUGGUUAGAGAGAUGCAGUAAAGUACAGAACAUUCUUUCUAACGAAGAAGCAGGUGUCACACUGGGCAGAAGUUUAGAGACUCUAUGGGUUUCAAACCUUCCAAUUUUGAGCAGACUAUACAAUGGGAGUGUGCAACCACAAGUCUUUCAGAACCUUAAACAUUUGUAUCUGGAUUGUUGUCCAGGAAUCAUAAAUGUCUUUCCCUCCUCCCAGCUGCCAGAAAACCUGGAAAUUCUACAUGUUCAGUUUUGUGAUAAGUUGCAAACUUUGUUCGAAUGUGACUCACAAUCCAAAUGUCAAAUGCAAAGGUUGAGGAAAUUGUAUCUACUAGAACUACCGGAGUUGAGGAGCAUUGGGAUAAAAUUGCCAGCUGAACUGAAUCCUGUGGUCAUCGAAUGCCCCAAGUUGCCGAAGCUCCAGAUGGAUGUGACCGACCAGGUCUCCAAUGAGUAA